AUGAAUCUAUUUUUACUAUCAAAAGGGAAAAGAAAUUCAAUUGUUUCUUUAAAGGAGGAAAAAAGUAACAAUAGGAUAAUAGAGGAUGAUAAAGUUUCAAAUAUUGACGAAGACAAGAAAAUAGUGGAUGUUAAACGAAAUCAUUGUGCUUACUUGAAUAGUUUUGGAAACUGUUUCGAUACGAUUUCUAUUAUCUCUUACUGGAUAGACUUUACUUUAAUGAUAUACCGAUACCCAUAUUUAUCUUUAUUUAAAUCAUUAGGUGCUAUUAGGCCAAUUCGACUAUUAUCUAUUUUGCCGGGUACAGCUGUUAUCCUUAAAUCACUGGAAACAAGUUGGGAUAUUCUAUUAGCUGUUUCAGGCCUUAUUUUAUUCUUCUUGAUUAUUUUUGCCCUGUUUGGUCUUAUUUCGUAUCAAGGCGUUCUCUCACGUAGAUGCUAUUUUACUGACUCGGAGAAUAAUCUUCAAUUAGUGGAACCUGCUUUAUAUUGUUCAGGUUACAUGAAUGGUACAACUAUUGUAGGCCCCUUUAAUACAGAAACAAAUAGCACAACUUAUCCAGGUUAUCAAGGCUAUCUAUGUGCUGCUGGCCAAAUUUGUAUAGAAACACCAUCAAAUAACCCUAACUAUGGAUUUGUAAAUUAUGAUACCAUUUUUAAUUCCUUUUUAAAUGUUUAUACUUUUGUUUCUCUGGAAUUAUGGACAACGUUGAUGUAUCAAACACAAGAUGGUGAUUCUAAUGUAGCUGCUUUAUAUUACUGUCUGGGUGUAUACAUUAUUGCAUUUGUUUUAACAUUUUUACUGUUUGCUGUUAUUACAUCUGCAUUUGCACGAGUUCGCGAAGAAAGUGCAGUCAGUGCUUUUACUGCAAAAAAGAAGGGAUACCCCAUUUUACGUGAUGCUGAAGGAUUAGAUAAUGAAAAUAUAUGGAUGUUUGAUAAUCCUCCUGAUGAUCUUGGUAAGGGUGUUACUCGAGUCAAAUUAAGAUGGUGGAUUGUUCAACUUGUGAGAAGUAAAUUAUUUUUCUAUUUUGGUGGAUUUUUGGUCUUCUUUAAUUUCAUUUUUAUGUGUCUAAGAUCAUUUUAUGCUUCUGAAAAGACACUUUCACUUAUUGAUAAUGCGGAAACUGCUUUUACGUUUAUUUUUGCUUUCGAAAUUAUACUUCGUAUAGUGGGAGCGACAAGUUGGAUAAGUUUUUGGUCAACAAAAACAAAUUUAUUUGAUUUAUUUCUAGUUAUAAGUACAUGUGUUAUUCAAUUACCAAUGAUUCAAGACUCCUGGGAAUAUAAAUAUUUAACAGUAUUUCAAAUUCUUCGACUCUAUCGUUUAUUUAUUUGUAUUCCUCGAGUUCGAAGGCUCUUGUUUUUAGCUUUAGGUACAGGUGAAAGCGUUAUUUAUGUUAUGAUAUUUUUAAUAUUAGCAACUGCACUUUGUUCGACUGUCUUUAUGCAAAUGUUUGGUGGUGAUUAUGGAGAAAUUGUGACAAAUACUGAUCCUGCAAAUAAAUUUGAUACAUUCUGGGAAUCUUUUGUCUCACUUAUUGUGGUUUAUACUAGCGAAACAUGGACUACUUUACUGUAUAAUGCAAUGGAAAGUCAAUCAGGUCAAGGUUCAAUUUAUGCAGCAAUUGCUGUAUCUAUCUACUUUGCCUUUGGUCGAUAUAUCAUGUCUGGCCUUUAUAUUGCAGUUGUACUAGAAAAUUUUGAGCUGAGUGAUGAUUAUAUUCGACACUAUCAAAUUAAAGAUUUUAUUCAUCGACAUCGUUUUAAAGACAAGCACCGAACAGAGACAAUUCUUUUGAAAUUAUUUAAACCGUUUUAUUAUCUCAAUGAUAGGAAAAAUAUUCAAGUCUCUAAACUACCUGCCAACUUGACUGCACCAUUAACGAAAAAUGACUUGGUCGAAUUAAUGAGUGACUUGCCGAAAAAUCAAGAACCAGAAGAAUUAAAGCAACCAUCUUGGAUUGAAAGAAAGUUGGCUCUAUUCUUUUUGAAUAUUCGUCAACAAAUACCGUUUCUUCGAAAAAAAACAAGUAUUAAAUCUGCACCUAUCAAUCCUUUUAUACAAGAUACUGAAGAUACGUAUGAAGAUUAUGAUAUAAUUGUUGCUGAAGAAAAUCGGGAAGCAAUGAGAAAAAUAAUGCCUGUUGUGAAUUCUUUACUUAUUUUUUCUAAUCGAAGUAAAAUUCGAUACUAUUGUAAGAAAUUAGUUGGAUCAAGUGAUAAUGGGCAAACAGAAAAACAAAAUAUUUUCAAUUGGAUUGUGAUGGCAUGUGUACUUGUUAGUAUUAUUAUGGUAAUUCUUGAUGAGCCUUCUACAAGAUUAAUGCGAAAAGAUACGGCCAAACAAAGCACAUUUAAUGCGAUUGAAAUCACGCUUAGUAUUGUCUUUAUUGUAGAAGUCAGUAUUCGUAUUAUAGCCGAUGGACUUUUAUUAACGCCUCAUGCAUACCUUCGAAACCAUUGGAAUCAACUCGAUUUAUGUGUCAUUUUAUUAAAUAUUAUCACCAUCUUCAUGGGCACAGAGGAAGCACCACGAGGACUUAGUACAUUUCGUAGUCUACGUAUCUUACGUCUCAUUCGAUACUUUGAUGGUGUUCGUGAUAUCUUUGUUUCUCUCUUUUAUGCUUUCCCUCUCAUGUUCGAUGCUCUGGUAUUUACCUUUUUGGUAUUGAUUCCGUUUGCAGUCUAUGGUGUUAAUCUCUUUGGAGGACUUAUGUGGAUGUGUAAUGAUACAGAUGUUUCCACCAAAGGCGAAUGUGUAGGUGAAUUUAACAUAAAUAUCAGUAGCGAUGAUAAUAGUGUUGUAAAUAUAUUGGCACCACGCAUAUGGCAAAACCCUCAAAAUGGAUUUAUUACCUUUGAUAAUUUUCCUCUUGCACUUCAGCAUCUCUUCUCUCUUACAUCUACUGAAGGUUGGGUUGAUUCUAUGUUUAGUUCCAUGAGCGUUCCAAAGGUGCCUGAUUUACAACCCACCUUUAACUGGGAUUCAUCAAAAGUCUAUAAUGGUAUUUUUUAUAUUAUUUUCAUGAUUAUCUCUCAGGGCACAAUUCAAUUAUUUGUGGGUGUUAUUAUUGAAAAGUUCAAAGAAAGAAAUGGUAUUACAACCCUUACAACUGCUCAACGACAAUAUUCUGAUCUUCAACGAUUACUUGCCUCUGUAAAACCUACAAUCAAAGUAUUUCGGCCAAAGUCAAAGAUUAGAAGGCUUUGUUAUGACAUGGUGAUUAAAAAACAUGGGAAACUAAAUCGACUAAUGAUAGUGUGCUAUAAAGUUAUUAGGACUUGGAUGGAAAAAGCCGCUUUUCGUUUAGGUGAAGGUAUUGAUGCUCUUCAAACCCUUUAUCAUGCAAUUGCGAAAUCAAUCCCAUCUAUUAUUCAAGUAUCUGCUGUUUUUAUGGUUACUAUGUGUUUGUUUGCCAUGUUGUUUAUGGAGUUUUUUGGUUUGACAAAAUACGGUAUUUAUGGUACUGCACAUUCUAAUUUCAGAGACUAUGGGAAUGCAUUAUUAUUACUUGUUCGAGCAACUACUGGUGAAGCUUGGAAUGCUAUUAUUAUUGAUUAUGCUGUACAAUAUCCAAAUUGUAACUAUUCAAAUAAUUAUCUUCAAAAUGACUGUGGAUCUCCAUUUUGGGCAUAUUUUCUGUUUGAUUUAUUUUAUGUUGUUUGUACACACAUCUUUUUGAAUUUGUUUACUGCUGUUAUUAUCAGUAACUUUGAAUACACAUACGAGACUAGAACACGUUUUACAAAAAUUACAAAGGCUGAUUUACGAAUGUUUAAACAAGCGUGGGCAGAAAUUGACCCGGAUGGAACAGGCUAUAUACAGAAAGAAGAUAUAUCAAAACUAUUACGAAAAUUGACAGGACGAUUUAGAUUUAGAAUAUACGAUGAUAUUCACUCGAUUGAUAAUAUUAUAAAAGCUAGUAAAAUAAGUGCGGAUAAACUUUAUUCAUACUCUGCUCAUGCUAGUCCUAAAUCACCUGAAACAACCAGUAAUUAUACUGGUAAACAACAAGAUAUAAAUUUGAAGGAAAUAAACAAAUGUUUAAAUAAGAUGGAUAAAGAAGAAGUGAGGAAAAGAAGAAUGGAAUACAAUCUGUAUUACAAGGAAAUUUUGAGAUCAGAAACACCAAAAGGCAUACCGUUUGCUAGCGUGCUUACCAUUAUGUCUUAUAGAUUUAUUGAUAUCACUACAUCUUUGACUCUAGAUCCAUUAAUAGCUCGAUUAGAAAAAAUCGAUCAAUUAACUCAAGAAUAUCAUUUAGAAAAAGCGGCUGGUUUCUUUUUUUCACAAAUUCAAAAAAGAAGAUUUAUUCAUGAAUUAUGGAAAAAGCGUGAUGAAGAUGAAGUGAAGAAGUUAGGUGUAGCAAACCCUAAUCCUCUUGAUUUCAAAUCUAUUGAACAGGACAAUUAUAUUCAGCAUGUGCCUGAAAAUCCAGAUAAUUAUAUAUGUAGUGUUAAAAAGAUGUCGCCUCCAGUGCCUCGUAUUGUCAUCAAUAGUAUGGAUUAUUCAACUGCUAGUACUACUGGUACAACAAGUUUACCUGUCUCACCUCAAUCGGCUUUCUCUAUGGAGAAUCAGUAUGAUUCACCCGUUUCUAAUGGAAUUUAUCCUCUCAUGAUAACUACUACUUUUGGAACAAACAGUAGCCCUUCUUCACCAAAUACAGAAUUCGAUAGUAUUUAUCGUAGUCCUUUUAGUGGAGGAUUAUCGCCUUCUCCUGUUACUCAUCAUCCAAGUCCCUCUACUAGACUAAAUUGGGCACUUAUUGAUGGUAACCUUGAAAUGCCAAUAGAGAUUUCACAAGGUUUAAUGGAUUCAAUGAACCACAGUAUUUGGUCAGGUAUAUUAAAGGAAGAAGAAGAAGAGGAACAAUCAAGUCUGUAA